CUCCCACUUUUUCUUUCUUUCCUCCCUUUCUCAUUCUCUCUUCCCAGCAGCGAGGAGGUGGAUGACUGCUUUUCUGCCCCUGGGAAACAGACCUCCAGUGUAAAGGCUCCCCAGAUGAGGCAGGGGAUGAGUAGCAGGCUUAAGGCACAAGUCAGUGUGGGACACUCAGUCCUGAAGAACUUUUUGGCCAGCCCACGACAAGAGCAGGUUGUUCUCAGCCGUCAGCAGGGUUUGCAAUGCAUCUCAUCACUAAUGCAGACGGUGGAGGAGACUCCCCAGCCCAUCCAGGCUGAGGUCAAAGGGCACAUUCCUGAAUGGAUCAAUGGCAGUCUACUGAGGAAUGGGCCUGGGAAGUUUGAAUUUGGAGAGGACAAGUAUAACCACUGGUUUGAUGGCAUGGCCCUUAUGCACCAGUUCCGAGUAGCAGAGGGCAGUGUGACCUACAGGAGCAAAUUCCUGCAGAGCGAUUCUUACAGGGUGAACAGCCAGCACAACCGGAUCGUGGUCUCUGAGUUCGGCACCUUGGCCAUGCCAGAUCCAUGCAAGAGCAUCUUCGGGCGCUUCAUGGCCCGGUUUGAGCUGCCAGAGUCCACAGACAACUGCAGCGUAAACUAUGUGAUGUACAAGGGGGACUACUACGUCAGCACGGAGACAAACUUCAUGCACCGAGUAGAUCCGGAAACCCUUGAAACGAAGGAGAAGGUGGACUGGAGCAGAUUUGUGGCAGUGAAUGGAGCGACGGCUCAUCCACACUAUGAGCCUGACGGGACAACAUACAACAUGGGCAACUCCUACGGGCAGCAUGGCUCCAAGUACAACAUUAUCCGGGUCCCUGCACAGCGGUUGGCCUGUGGGGAUACUCUGCAGGGUGCGGAAGUGCUGUGCUCCAUUGCCCCGGCAGAGAGGAGGAAGCCUUCCUAUUAUCACAGCUUCGGGAUGAGUGAGAACUAUGUGAUCUUCAUCGAGCAGCCCCUCAAGAUGGACCUGUGGCAUAUCAUCACCGCCAAGCUCCGGAGGAAGCCCAUUUCUGAAGGACUCCGCUGGGAGCCGCACUGCAACACGCGCUUCCACGUGGUGAAUAAGCACACGGGGCAGCUGCUUGCAGGUCAGUUUUACAGCAAGCCUAUUCUUACUUUCCACCAAAUCAAUGCCUUUGAAGACCAGGGCUGUGUGGUGCUAGACAUCUGCUGUCAGGACAAUGGAGACUCCUUGGCUAUCUACCAGCUCCAAAACCUGCGCAAAGCUGGGGAGGGCCUGGACCAGGUCUAUAAUGCGGUGCCCAAAGCAUUCCCUCGCCGCUUCGUCCUCCCUCUGACCGUGAGCUCAGACACACCUGUGGGGCAGAACCUCAGCCCCCUGUCCUACACGUCAGCGAGCACUGUGAAGGAAGCAGAUGGGAAGGUCUGGUGCACCCACGAAGACCUCCACCCUGAAGGUCUGGAGGAAGCCGGGGGCUUGGAGUUCCCCCACAUUAACUAUGCCCAGUGCAAUGGCAGGAAGUACCGCUUCUUCUACGGCUGUGGCUUUCGUCACCUGGUAGGAGCUUCACUGAUCAAGAUUGACACAGAGACCAAGGAAAUGAAGGUUUGGCAAGAGGAAGGCUUCUACCCGUCAGAGCCUGUGUUUGUGCCAGUGCCGGGGGCCACAGCAGAAGACAGCGGGGUCAUCCUGUCUGUAGUGCUCUCUCCCUUGCAGAAUCAAAGCAACUUCCUGCUCGUCCUGGAUGCCGAGACCUUCAGCGAGCUGGGCCGUGCAGAGGUCCCCGUGCCCAUGUCCUAUGGAUUCCAUGGCAUCUUUGUGCCCCGCUAGCAAAUGGUACGCACCAUGGCGACGAGACAUUACAAAACCAUUGAUUAAUAGAAAACAUCAUUAGGUACAGAAUUUCUUUGGUUAAUUAAAGCUUAUGGGCAAUGAGUACAUACACAAAUACAUCCCUUUCCAGUAUAUACAGCAACAGAAUAAUUUUUACUGACUAAAUCAAAGGUGCAGUGUUGAACUUUGUGUUGCUCGUACAGGCAUUCAUCUCGUGCUUGAAGAUUCUGGUCCUCACACAUACUCCAGAUUGUUAUGAGUUAGACAUCCCUUGUUAUUAAUGGUCCUCCAUUUACUCUGUUGCUUAAAUGCCCAUUGAUGAUGGUCACAGGGAUACAUCACAACCCCUUUACUCACUUCAAGACCCACGGAUACCAGUGGAUAUAUGGUAAUACAAAAAUUG